AUGCUGCGCGCUUCUCUUCGCUCGUCCAAGGCAUUGGCACUGGCAUACAGGCCCAUUGCCUCUAAUGCUGGGCCUCAAUGGCAUGCAGUACAGGCAGCUCGGGUGGUCCCGGGCACCCUGAGAGGCUAUGCCGAUGCCUCCAAACCCAGCAUCAGCGAUUCGAAACCCAUUGUUCUUCCUGGAUCUGCGAGCACAGCUACUUCCCAGCCACUCCCUCCUGGACCUGUCGCAACAUCACCUAGUUCAAAGAUUGCAACCUCCCCUACGCCUGCAAGCUCCACGAUCCCUCCUCAAAAUGUACCAUUGACUCCUCCAUCGCCAGCCGAGGUCAACGCCGCCCCGCCUAAAUCAACGGGCUCUUCUCCUCCCCCUCCUCCUCCACCACCACCUGCCCCUGCCCCGAAGCCCAAACGCCGCAUUCGCAGGACCUUUACAGCCCUUGUUCUCCUAAUAGCCCUGGGUUAUGGUGGAGGUAUUUAUUACUCGACCGUCAACGAUAACUUCCAUGAUUUCUUCACCGAAUACGUGCCCUACGGCGAAGACGCUGUGCUUUAUUUCGAAGAGAGAGAGUUUCGAAAACGUUUCCCAUCAGUCACAAGACGGUCGAAGCCGAGAGAUACUGGAGAUCAGAUCACAAUCCCGAGUCAAAGCGGUGUUUCUUGGAAGGUAUCAGAAGACAACAGACAUGCCAACGCUACGAAGCCGGAUGCACACGAGCCUAAGGAGGCUAUACAGUCUCCCACCGAGAAACAGAUUGCCGAGAAGGUCAAGGCUGUUGAGGAAGUAAAGAAAGAUACGGCGGACCUCCCAGCUCUAAAUGUGUCAGUUGCUGGAAAGUCCCCCGAGUCUCAGUCACCAGCGAAACCCGGGCACCCCGCCACCAACGAGAAACCCAAUUCUAAAAAGGAGUCGCCGCAAGCGGUCCCUUUCACAUCUCCAGAAGUCGAUCAACCUUCCCAGUUCCCGCCUGAGGUCACACGAAUUGACCCGAUCAAUAUCAAAGACGCCAAUGAGCCCCUUGUUCAGGACCUGGUCAAAAUUCUCAAUGAUAUCAUUACUGUUGUGAAUGCCGACAACUCCGACUCCAGGUUCUCCACCACGAUUGGAAAGGCAAAGCGCGAGUUGAGCAAGGUCGGAAGCAAAAUCAGAGCCUUAAAAGAUGCUGCACAGAAAGACGCAGAUACCAAGAUUAGCAGCGAGCGGGAAGACUUUGACCGUUCUGCCAAGGAGCUUCUCCGAAGAGUCGAGGCUGAGAUGAGCGACCAACAGGCUCAAUGGCAAGAAGAGUACCAGUCUGAACGCCAAAGACUGCAGGAGAAUUACGAGCAGAAGCUCAAAGCCGAGAUCGAGCGCGCGAACGAAGUCAACCAGCAGCGCCUCCGGAAUGGACUUCUUGAGCAAGCAGUGGACAUGAGGAAGAAGUUCACCCAAGAAGUCAAGGAUCGCGUCGAGGAAGAACGAGCUGGUCGGCUGGGCAAACUUACCGAUCUCUCCAAAACCGUCGACGAUCUCGAGAAGCUUACUACGGAUUGGAACUCAGUCGUGGAUUCUAACCUCAAGACUCAGCAUCUUCAUGUGGCCGUCGAAGCAGUCCGUGCAAAUCUGGAGAAGAGCCAGGUUCCUCGCUCAUUCAUUCGGGAGCUCGCAGCAUUGAAAGAAAUUGCUUCCGAUGACCCUGUUGUUAAUGCAGCCAUCGCAUCCAUCAAGCCUACCGCCUACCAGCACGGUAUUCCCUCGUCUGCUCAACUCAUCGAUCGUUUCCGCCGCGUCGCAACCGAAGUCAGAAAAGCUUCCCUGCUCCCAGAAGAUGCUGGAGUCGCAAGCCAUGCAUCGAGCUUUGUCCUCAGCAAGCUUUUAUUCAAAAAGAAGGGUCUUGCUACUGGUGAUGAUGUUGAGAGUAUCUUGACGAGGACAGAGACUUUCUUGGAGGAAGGUGAUUUAGACGGUGCAGCGAGAGAGAUGAAUGGGUUGAAGGGGUGGGCGAAGACUUUGAGCCGGGACUGGCUUGGUGAGGUGAGGAAGGUGCUUGAGGUGCAGCAGGCUUUAGAUGUAAUUGCUACGGAAGCAAGGCUACAAAGCUUGAGGGUCGAAUAG